AUGUCGUUGGGCGAUCAUAGUAAAUAUCUUGAAGUCUUUGCGAAGACAAGUGCUGGACCUGUGAGAGAUCAGUCAGAACAGCAUAUGUUGAAGUGCAUUUUUGAGGCUUAUGCUAUCUUAUACAAAAGAACUGACUUGUCUGAAGCAGCAGAAGUGAUCAAUGUAAAAGCUGAAGAAGAUGUUGUGGAUCCAACAAAUUUUUCAGUAGCAUUACAAGAAAUUAUGGCUCAAACAAAAACAGGAGGUGAUAAACUCAAAGAUAGACAUGCGACAGCAGCUAUCAACAAGUGGUUAGCAGCAGUGCCAACUGGUCAAGACCCAAUCAUUGAGGAGCCACGACGCAGAGUAACAAGAAGUGUGUUUAGAGAAACAGAAACCGGAGCAGGGUCAAGUGAAACGAGGAGCAGAAGACAAACUCAAGCACCAGAGAGAACGGGAGCUUGUGUAGAAGAAGGGCCGACUGAGACAACAGGAGAGCAGUCGCAGGCAGCUGAACCGCAAAUAACAGUUCACACGAUUGACGAGGAGGUUGAGGAAGAGCAGCAUAUGAUAGAUAAGGAGCAAGCUGCAGAUGCAAAGGCUUUAGAAGAAGAUUUCGAUAAAAAGAUAAAUGAAGACAUUUGUCAAGAUUUAGAAGAGCUUCUGAAAGAGCACGAUAUCAAACACCCAAACUGGGUAAAGAAAGUGAAAGAGUGGAGUUUUCAAGAUGCCUAUCGAUUAAUGCAUCCUAAUAUCUGGGUUAAACAUUUUGACCUCGUCAGGUGGAUAUGGACAUAUUCCGACUAUGCGGGUUUCGACCUCCUCGUUGUCUCAAACAUUGUUUUUAAUUCUCGCGAUCGCUUCAAAACCACUUACCCUUGGACAUGUUGUGAGGUGAUGCCCCUAUGCCGACACCCCGUUGUUUCAAAAGCAAGAGUAGACGAGUUCAUUCGGCACGACAACCCAGAGGCAAUUUCUGACUUCUCGAUACAAAUGUGCGCCCUUUACAGCAAUGAUACCGGCGGAUACUGA